UCAGAAGCAGCAGUUCUUUGCAAUCGCUCGUGCGCUUCGGAAGUUUAGUUCCUUGUUCCAGAGAGGAAACUCAUCAGAGAUCUUGUGCUUUUGUGGUGCAGUUCAAGUUGCACAUUAUCACAUACCCGUUCGGUCCGUGCCAUAUUUAAAGAUAGAAGCUGUGUUGUUUUCGGUCGCGCGCCACACGAACGACGGUAGCAAAGUUAUAUAAAGGUUGAACGGAUUGCCUUUUAUUUUUGUGUCCGCGAAUUUUCAAGAGUGAUUGUCGUGCAGUUCCAUUUCGGAGUUUGCCAGCGGAAGUAGCGUCCCUGUAUUCUUUUGUUGUCUCCCUUGAUUCUUCAUUGUCGUUAUCAUGGCUGAUAAGGUGCGCGUCUGCAUUGUCGGAUCCGGAAACUGGGGUUCGGCCAUCGCCAAGAUCGUCGGCUUCAAUGCCAAGCGUCUGCCGAACUUCGACGACCGGGUCACCAUGUAUGUGUUUGAGGAAAUGAUCGAAGGCAAGAAGCUAACGGAAAUCAUCAACACCACACACGAGAACGUCAAGUACCUGCCUGGACACAAGCUGCCAGAGAAUGUCGUUGCCGUUCCGGAUGUCGUGGAGGCCGCCAAGGAUGCCGACAUCCUGAUCUUUGUCGUGCCCCAUCAGUUCAUCCGAGGUCUGGGCACUCAGCUGCUCGGCAAAAUCAAGCCGACGGCCGUUGGUCUAUCGUUGAUCAAGGGUUUCGACGUUGCCGAGGGCGGUGGCAUGGAGCUGAUCUCGCACAUCAUCACCAAGCACCUGAAGAUUCCCUGCUCGGUGCUGAUGGGUGCCAAUCUGGCCGGUGAGGUUGCUGAGGAGAAGUUCUGCGAAACCACCAUCGGCUGCCGGGACAUGAAGAUGGCCCAAACGCUGCGGGAUCUGUUCCAGACGCCCAACUUCCGAGUCGUCGUGGUGGACGAUGUCGACGCGGUGGAGAUUUGCGGUGCGCUGAAGAACAUCGUUGCAUGCGGUGCCGGAUUUGUGGACGGCAUGGGACUGGGCGACAACACCAAGGCCGCCGUCAUCCGGUUAGGACUGAUGGAGAUGAUCAAGUUUGUCGAUGUGUUCUAUCCGGGCAGCAAGCUGUCGACGUUCUUUGAGAGCUGCGGUGUAGCGGAUCUGAUCACCACGUGCUACGGUGGUCGCAACCGUAAGGUAUCGGAAGCGUACGUGAAAACCGGAAAGUCGAUCAAGCAGCUCGAAGACGAGAUGCUAAACGGUCAGAAGCUACAGGGUCCGAUCACUGCCGAGGAGGUCAACUUCAUGCUGAAGAACAAAGGCAUGGAAGACAAAUUCCCCCUGUUCACGGCGAUCCACAAGAUCUGUACCGCUCAAAUCAAACCCCAGGGCUUCCUGGAUUGCUUACGCAACCACCCGGAGCACAUGCAAAGUUUCUCUUAAAAUCCAUCCUUACACAUCCACAUCCUACCAGAGACACAUGCUUUACAAGGUGUGUUUUGUGUAGUUUUCAGUAGACGGCUGUACGAAAAUAAUACACGCCGAUGUAAAACUUAGUCAAAUCACUAUGGUGCAAUGAAACAAAAAAAAAAUAUCAAUCGUUAUGAUUGAAACAUAGAAAAGUAUCGAUAAAAAAAAUAAUGUUACUGCAUAACUAGCCAAAGAAAACAAAACCCAUAGACCUGAACAACAACAUGGAAUGAGAAUAAGAAAUGCCUAUCGACCAAAGACUUUUCAGUAUAUUAAAUUAACCCCCCCUCCCUCGGAAAUUCAACCCCAACGAAUGUAACUAGUCUCAGCGAAGUAAUAUCUACGACGACGACUCUGGCAAACAUAUAUAUAUCACACGAUGCGGCGCUUAUUGCAAACUCUUCCUAAAUCUUUUGUACAAAAAAAAAAGUAUUCCGGUGAUAUAGUAUGGAUAAUUUUCCGACUAAUUCCUAAUUUUGAAGUACCUUACCAUUUGUACAAAUCUAGUACUACCAACACGAAUCAUAUGUUAAUUUGUAAAUACAUACAUCGAUAUACCUAUCGUACCGAAAUCGGUUCCAACCGGCGACUGGGUGAAGUGCAAAACGAUGGUGAUCUUUUAAUGAGCAGGUGAAAACUAGAACAGAAGAAUAUUCGUAGUAAUAUCGAUGGUUUUGGGAAAUGGAACGUAGCGAAAUCGUUGAAUAAAUCGAACAAAAUUAGUAAAUUCGAACAA